AUGGCUCCCGACAGAGGCGCAUCCUUUCACACCCAUUCUUCCUCCGCGUCCGAAGUCGAAGACCAUGAAUUGCUCCCACAAGCUACUCAACAGCAAGACAUCUCCCGCCUUCGAUCUGACCAUGCCUGCUACGCCGUACCUGGCGCCCACGACUCAGCCUUGGAUGGGACGAAUUUCACCUUUCGAGGGGUUGCCGUUGGUACACUGAUUGGAAUAAUAAUCUGCUUUAGCAACACAUAUUUUGGUCUCCAAACCGGUUGGGUCUCUGGAAUGGCAAUGCCGGCGUCGCUGAUUGGGUUUGCCGUCUUCAAGUCGCUAUCUCAAUUCUUGGUUGUUCCAUUCACGCCCGUGGAAAAUGUUCUUGUCCAGACAGUGGCUGGCGCAGUCGGUACCAUGCCGCUGGGAUUAGGUUUCGUCGGGGUCAUGCCUAGCAUACAAUUUUUGCUGAAAAAGAGUGAGGGUGCCCCCGUCGAUCUGAGUCUAUGGAGGCUCUUCGUCUGGGGUAUUGGCCUUUGCUUGUUUGGCGUCGUGUUCGGAGUACCCCUACGAAAACAGGUCAUCAUCCGCGAGCGCCUCAAAUUUCCCAGUGGGACUGCUACAGCCCUUAUGAUCAGUGUUCUCCAUGGCGGCUCCAAGAGUCAAGAGGGCAAGGAUCGGGAGAUCGAAACCCAAGGGACCGAGGAGCGUGAAGAACUAUUGAGGGCGAGCGAUCGAGAUAACCAGCCGGAGCCGGCAGAAGACCGUGAUAUGCGAGGGGAUUGGAAAAGCCAAAUUCGACUUCUUGUGGUGGCCUUCCUCGGCUCCGGUGCCUAUACCCUGACCCAGUACUUCCUGCCCAUUCUUCACAAAUUGCCCAUCUUUGGCACCUAUCUGGCGGGCACCUGGGAAUGGACCCUCAAUCCUUCCCCGGCGUAUGUUGGGCAAGGUAUUAUCAUGGGUCCGGCCACUACCUUCCAUAUGCUUCUCGGCGCUAUUGUCGGCUGGGCGGUACUGAGUCCCCUUGCCAAAAACAACGCCUGGGCGCCGGGGCCUGUGGAUGACUGGGAAACUGGGAGCAAAGGCUGGAUUGUCUGGGUGAGCCUGGCCAUCAUGCUGGCUGACGCAGUCGUCAAUUUAGGCUGGCUGUUCCUUCGUCCUACUAUUCACUAUGGUCCACAUUGGAUCAAGUCACUCCGAGCACACUACAGAGAUAGUUCUUCCUGGUCCGACUUUUUGCUCGGCAAACGGAUGGCCAGCUAUAUCUCUCUCGACACGUCCGUACCAGCACCUGAGUCUUCCGCCAGUAACCCGGUGAAAGCAGCAUCCGAUGAGCCUCCUGACGAUGCACCACCACACCACCUUGUGUCCAACCGAACCGUCGCCAUCUUCCUUCCUAUGACGCUGAUCCUUUGUGUUGUGUGCAUCCACAUAACCUUCGGUGCUUACAUCCCUAUUCGCCUCAACAUCCUCGCCAUCAUCCUUGCUCUGGUUCUCUCGAUCAUGGGCGUGCGUGCACUCGGUGAAACGGAUUUAAAUCCCGUAUCUGGGAUUUCAAAACUGACACAGUUGGUCUUUGCCUUGAUCACACCGACUGGCCCACAUGCAAAUCACAGUAUCAUCAUCAAUUUACUUGCGGGGGCUGUCAGCGAAGCGGGAGCGCUUCAAGCUGGCGACAUCCUCCAAGAUCUCAAAGCGGGACAUUUAAUCGGGGCGUCACCCAAAGCGCAAUUCUAUGGUCAGCUCAUAGGAAGUGUCGUGGGGGCCUUUGUCUCCGCCGCAGUCUAUAAGCUGUACGUCUCAGUCUACCCGAUUCCAGGGGACUUGUUUGAGAUUCCCACCGCCUAUGUCUGGAUCUUUACCGCACGAUUGGUGACCGGAAAAGGGCUGCCCCCCAUGGCCUGGCAAUUCGCUCUCCUCUUUGGUGCGGUAUUUGUCCUCACCACCACUCUUCGGAUCUACCUUCUCGCAUAUAGAGAUUCGAAGCCCUGGUGUAAGGCGUUGCACCCGUGGAUCCCUGGCGGCAUUGCCGUGGCGGUGGGGAUGUACAACACUCCUAGCUUCACACUAGCACGAACUGUUGGUGGGGUAAUCUCGCUAUGGUGGACUCGCUGGAAGGGUAGGGGAGAGACAAGAGUCAUUGUGCUCGCGAGCGGCUUGAUUCUGGGUGAAGGCGUGGUUAGUAUUUUGAACUUGGUGUUGGCGAGUUUGGGAGUGCCGCAUCUUUGA